AUUUGUUUAGUAACCAAAACAACAGUAAUAAUAAUAAUAAUAAUAAUAAUAAUAACUCUGAUGAUGCUGAGAGAACAAGUGUAUUGUCAAAAUCAAGUUCAAAACGGGAUAUUUAUCAAGGAAAUGCUUUGAAGAUGUUAAGAUUUAAAUCUACCGUACAACAAAGAUCAGAUGUGAAUAAAAUGGAAAAGGAUCUAGAACGAUUAAUUACUAGAACAUAUGGUGGUAAUAUGUUUACAAGCAUAGGAGGUAGUGGAAACUCUGCAGGCUCUUUAGGUCCUUUACCUGUAAAUGAUAAAGGAAAUAAACAACAAGUAGAUAUACUAAGAGAGGAUAGUGUAAGAAGUGCGGGGGGUCAUUUUAAUUUUUUAUCGGAACUUUAUAAAUUAUUGAAAAGAUGGAAGCAUGUGGUGAAAUUACCUGACAGUCAUCAAAUAUUAUCCGAAUUAGCCAAACCAUUUUAUAAUUAUCCAGGGAAUGCCGAUGACUGUAAUCAAUCAUUGGAUAUUUUUGAAUAUAUUAGGGCUACCUAUAGGCCUGCAGAUCCUGAUGAAAAUUUUGCGCGAAUUCAAUGGUGUUGUAAAUUAUUAGAAACGCAUCAUAGUAUAAUUAGGAACCGCCUAUGUGAUAUAACAGAAAAAUUGUUAAACGCUACGGCAAUGAAUUCAUAUUUUCCUACUUCAGUAGCUGCAAUUCAUUCACUUAUAUAUACAUUUAUUCAUACAUUAGUUGUUACUGCUUCGUCCAAUUUAAAAUCAGAAGAAUCGAACAAAUUAUUUAAAAUGGUUGAUGGAUUUUUGUCUCGAUUGGCCGCUGGAACUUUAAUCUCAAUUGAUCCAGAUGAAAUGACAAUUGGGAAUGCUAGAGUACAAAUUAACAAAUACGAUAGUUUGGCUCGUUGUAUAUUUGUAGAGGGCUUAGUUAAAUGUCUGCUAGUUAAAGAUGUUCAGCUAUGUAAAUAUAUUAUGGAGAAUCUUAUAGGGAAAUAUUGGAUAACUCCCGACUUAUCUAUGCAGUCUUUAUAUGAGCAUAUUAUUCAAUUAUUUGCUCAAUCUGCAAUUGAGAUACUAGCUGAUCCAAAUAUGUCGUUCAUUGAUUCAUCAAAUCCCUAUAUUUCAUUACCCUAUCUAAUACUUCAUACGCUAAACCAAAAUUUACCCCCAAAAAAUCUUAGAAGUAUGCCAUCUCAUAUAGUAAGAUCACUUGUAAGCGUGGUAGUAUCAAUUUUUGCUCUGCCUUGGCCAGACAAUAACUCUCAAAGCUCAAAGAAACAAUAUAAUCUACCAAUUAGAAGCUCAAGUAAUAAUCAAAAAAUGAGUGGAAAUGAAACCGACAAUGAAACUUCAGCUGGGGACAUUGAUUCAAAAUAUAAAAAUACUAGGCCGAGUUUAAAUAAGAUUAAUGAUGGUUUAUUAACACCCGGAAGUAUAAGACAAUCAUCGGAGAUCGAUAUAUUAAGAUUGGCUAAGACAUAUAUUGAGUAUUUAUGGAAUGAAGGAUGGAAGAAUGAAGUUGUUGAACUUGUUAAAGAAGCUUUUGAACAAGAUGAUUUAGAUAGGAUUAUCACUAUAUUUAAUCAAUUAGUGUUUGGAAUAAGUGACUCCAUAGGCGAUGAUAUAGUAAAAGAAACCAUACCAGAUUUGUUUGCGAAAAUAGUGAAAAUUCGACCAGAAAAAUCAGCAAAUCUAAAGAAAAUACUUUUGUCACUAUCCACUAAGUAUCGUGCACACUUUUAUAAGCCAAUCCUUGCUUGUGUUGCGUCGGAUAACGAAUCAAAAGUGUCCGAAUAUCUUCAUCUCAUAUCAACUUUGUUAAAUUACAUGAAUGGUGUUGAAUUAUUUAUGCAAGACGUUGAAUUGAUGAAUGUUAUAAUUUUAAGUGAUGUUGGACCUAGUUCAGUUAAAAAUGAAGAAGAUAAGCAUAAUUCCAAACUAACUGUUUCAUCUACUACUUCUCAAGUAAAUACAUGGGGCUCAACCACAGUGGGUCAAUGUGCUAUUAUCAUGGAGUUUAUCUGGAUUAUCCGAGAAUUAAGAUUACAACAAUCAUCUGACCGUGCCAAAGAUUCAAAGCAUGAUACAAUCGCGAAGAAAUUUUUGAAUGAGCUUGAAAAGCGGUUAUCGAUAUUCAUGGUUGCAAAGGAGAAAUCUAAAUUAAUUCCAAUGCCAUUGCGUGUAUUGCUUUGUAAUCUAUUCUUUGAAAUAAGAUUAUAUUGUAAAACAACUUACCGACCAGGUUGGCUUUCCCGAAUAAUUGACUGGACAGUACAUUCUUCGCCAGUAAUUCAUAGGGAUUCCAUGUCGUUUGGCUUAAAUCAAAAUCCAUUCACUGCGCAAUCAGAGUUAGAAGCAGAUAAUAAUCAACUUAAUGAAGUUGAAUUCAUAUUUCAAAGAAUUAGAGUUGUAUACGCAACAUUGGAUGAUUGGAAUUCUUCGGAUACCGAUAGGGACGAAUUUUUAGAUGUUCCAGUGCCUGCAAUACCAAGAGUACCUGUUACUCCUUCAACUCCAAAUACUCCAAAAACACCAAUCACUCCAUAUAAUGAUCUGCGACGCAGUUCGACUGUAGUUCCAUCGUCGGGUCCCGCUGUCAAUACACCAAGAAGGAUAUCAUCUAAAUUACCUAAACAACGUCUUCAUAGAUUUAAUACCUUUUCUGACGAUCCUGCAUUUUCAUUUUUAUCUUUACUGGUUGCUGUAUUCAACACUAUAGCAGAGGAAGAGUUUACUAGGCUAGCACCGCACCUUUGGAAUAGAUUUUUGAAUGACAAAAAGCAUAAGCCCUUUGCUUCUGCUUCAUUUCUGUUUAUACUUUGUGGCGAAAAAUCACCUGAAACUGUAAAGGAUUUUAUCAUGAAGGAUUUGUACAGUACAAAUGCCCUAGUUCGUGCUAUAACUAUUUAUAAAAUAUCAUCCUUAUUUGGUCACCGAAAUCAACUUCUAUCACAAUCUUAUGUAUCAGAUUCGACUCGAAAACGUCCUUUUCGUGUACAGGCACCUGCAAUUCCUUAUAUACCAACUGAACUAGGUACUCAAGAUGUAAUGAUGUACGAAUCAUCAAAAGAAUCGAAAAGUAAAAAUUCUCAUCAUGACGUUGAUCAGAGAAUACAGGAACUUGGUUGGGAGGUGGUAGAUGAAUCUGAAACCGAAUCGGAUCGUUCAAAGCGUAUCGUGACACCAAUAUCACUUUUAUCUACUUUCCAUCUUGAUGAAGAGGUACUUAAGCAAAGAGAUGAGGCUACACCUAUACAAACAGCUCGUGAUAAAAUUAGGAGGAAUAUUCGUAGUGAGGUUAUAUCAAAUAUGCAAGGAAAUACAAAUAAGCGAAGGAUUAUUUCAGUUCAUAUUUUAAGUUUCUUCUCUUUAAGACUUGUAGAUUUAUUAGAUGAUAUUCAUUGUGGUGUAUAUAACCUCGCUAAAGAAAUAAUAAUCUACUUUCUUAGAGAUGAUCCUCUAUUAUUCCUGCGAAUUUUUUUCAGUGAUUUGGGCACGUUAAAUUUUGAAACGCAGAAAAAGUUACUCACGAGAAUACGUUUCCUUAUUUCGAUGCAGCAUGUUUUCCCGCCCGGAUUUACUUAUAUGUUAUUUAACCAUCUUGCUGGAAUAUUAAAAUGGUAUUCCAGAGAUAACAAAGAAAAUGGUUUAGGUUUAAUGACUUACAUCAUACCUACAAUGGCUGAAAUGGUACCGACAGUUAGUAACAUACUUGUUAGAGAUUUCAAGAAAAAUAAGAUUGAACAUAUUCUUUGCAAUAAUGGGCAGUUCUGGUUUACUGAUGGAACCCCUCCUUCAAUGUUUCCAAGGGAAUUAACUAAUGAUGAAGUUACAUUCAAUAUACUUGAUGUUCCACUAAUUAUGUUUCAAGUAGCGAUGCUUCGAGUUGGACAUAUACAUUUUAUGACGAAUUAUGUUGUAGCAUGGCCACAAGAGGUUUAUUCAGUAAAAAAAAUGAUUCACGCAUUUGCCCCAACUCAUUUAACUGACAAUCUAGUGAAUGUAAAUGAGGAAGAAAAAUAUUUUCCAGAUAUUGAAAAGGCACAAAGACGUUAUAAUGGUUUUAAUGAUAUAUUGUCAAGGAGAGAAAAAGACAUUAAGUUAAUUUCUGCGUUACGAGCAAGGUCAUGGUUGAACUUUUUACUUUCAAUGUUAAAACGAUUAAAUAGUAAUUAUAAUGAUCGUAGCGAGUUAAAGAUUUUUUUGAGUGGUGUUAAUGAUAUCCUUCUGGAACAUGCAAAUGAUUUUGGAAUCGUUGGCCAAACCUUGGUUUUAUAUUUAACAGUUAUCACGAGAUUCCGUAGACUAUUUGAUACUAAUCGAGGAUAUUCGAUUUUUAUUCCUGCGUUGUUUAAAGUCUUUUGUGAAUCAGAAAAGAUUCCUCCUAUCAGAUCUGCUAUUACUUUUGCAUGGUAUAAAUUCUUUCAAGUUCAUGGAGAAUCUUUCAUUUUUCAAACUCUUGGAAGUCUCACUCCAAUAAUAUUAAAAGGCUCAGCCAAAUCAACAGAAGUUGGGGAAUGGUUAUGUUCAUCUCUUUACGAGUUGUUUAAAGCUUUAAGCUCUCCUGUAAAACAUUCGGAUUCAUUAGGAAUAGGCGAAGCAGUUGAUAAAUUAAAUAUAACUGAUCCGUUAUUGUUUGAUCCACCUCCGUUACUCAACAAUACGUUUAGGAGACGAGCAAAUAGUGUUGCAUCAAAAUCAAUGGGAGGAUUAUUAGGAACACAAGAUGAGAAGAUAUUUUCAUUGGAAGAUUUAGUUAGAUUAUUCUUGACUAUUAUUGCUUACGAUCCAAGUUCACUCCGAGCUGAGCAAUUUGUCCAAGUAUUACAAUAUCUUAUACCGCAUCUCUUGCAGGAGUCUUCUAGUGUUAGAUCAUUAGUAGAUGAAGGAAUGGCAGCGUUAACGGAAGUAUUUCUUAAACUUUCAAAAUCUUUUAAACAUCUAAUUUAUUCUACAAUAAAUGCUGAAAACAUUAAUGAAACGACGGAAAAUGCUGGUACUUCAAAUAAUAAGCCAUUUCUUUCAGAGACGAAAGCUCAGGCAUUUGGCAAACAAUGGAAACAGAACGAUAAAAUGACAAUAAAGAGACAAUUUCUGAUUUUAAUUCAGGCCUAUAAAAAAUACGGUGGAAUAUUAUCUGAUAAUUCACAUUAUAAGAUUGCGAAUAUUAUUAGAUUAAUGCUUAAAGAUUAUGCUGCUCUUAAAAUAAAAGUCUCGACAAAUUUCAUUAAAGAUUAUAUUAGAGAUGCUUUACUUUUCAAUACAACAUCUGAAGAUGGAAAGAAACCAAUAUUAUCAUUUUUAAGACAAAUGUCAGCAUCAUUCCGUCAAAAUUAUAAAUCAAUUGAUUUUUCUGGCUUAAUUGAAGGUCUUGUUUUAAUCACGUCAGAUAGAUGUAGGUUCGCAGUCAAUGAUCAAGCAAUAUCUUUUGCGCUCAAAGAUAAAUUUGUUUCAUUUGGUUUAUCUGUUGCGUUGAAACCUGAUUGGGAAGAUGAAAUUAUUCAGCUUAAACUAUGUAAUAGUAUUGUUAAAUUAUUUGUUGGUUUGAUGACACAUUCUGAUCAAGACAUGUUAAGUGAAUUAGAUAAAUACCAACCUUCACAUCAAUUAAUGGCAUAUAUUGUUAUUCCAAUUUGUCAUCAAUAUUCACCUGAAGAAAUAUAUUUUACUCCAAUGGUUUCAAAUAUCGAUUCUGGUGAAUCAAAGGCGAUCAGUUGUUGGAUUCAUUUAUUAGCAUAUAUCACAAAAGCAUGUAGUAGAGAUUCUAUGAUGAGAUCAAAAACAACUUUUACUCUUCUUGGUAACAAUUCAAGGCAAAAUCUUGAUGAUGAUAGUGAUAAUGAAGAAGAAUAUGUUGCAAAUAAAUUUGUCCCUUCAACAACGGAAGCUGCGGCUACAUUUAUUAUAAGUUUUACGGCUUUAAAGAUUGUACUUGUACGUGCUGAAAAAUAUAUUACACAAACAAAAGGAAUGUGGAUUCAUAUAAAUCAAUUUAUAAGGCAGGUAUUAGGAGCAGCUGGAACAUCACAAGCCAAAUCAGGAUUGUACUCUUUAAGUGGAUCGCCUACUGCUAGCAAUACAAGUAUACAUAUAAAUACUGAAACUAAUGAUGUAAAUGUUGACAGAACAUCAUUUUUGCGUAAUAAUCAUUAUUCUUCAUCAUCUGGAAAUGAAGGUUUAAAUAAUACACGAUCAUCAUUUUCCUCUUCAUCGCUUGAUUUUGUCUUGUGGACAUUUUUAGAGUUACUUUUAUUUUAUAAAUUGCCUCUUAAUUUAUAUUUACGUACUUUUAUACAUCAAAAAUUACAGAAUGCAUCCACUGGAGUGAAUAGUUUAAAUUAUCAAUUAUCAAUUGAUAAUUUUCCAAGAUCGCCUUCACUAAAUAGUAACACUUCAAACCUAAAUAAUACUAAUAAUAAGGAACCAUAUAAAAGAACUAGAUGGAAGAGUUGGGGUGGUCCUCCUGCAAGUUUUCAACGGGCAAGUUUAGAAAAAGAAAAUGGAAAUAUAAGAUCAUCUAUUUUAAGACAAAGAUCUACAUUAAGUAGGGCCAGUUCGUAUGGAUUAAUAAAUAGUAAUAAUGAACCACGAGAAUAUCAAAACAUCACAUCACCUUCGGGACAACCUAGUAGAAUUAAUAGUUUGAUUAAUGAAACCUUAAAUGCAUAUUCUAAUGUUCAUACAUUAAUGGGAUAUGGUAAUAUUUUAUAUAAUAGACCAAAUGGUUCAAGGUUACAUAAGAAUGAUCAAUUCCAAGAAUUAAGAGCUUGGAGUUACAAACAAGUAAUCGAUAAACUAAAAGAAGAAAAAAGAAUUGUUAUAGAAGCUUAUAAAGAAGCCUUUAAUGUUUUAGGAAAGGGACCUUAUUUUUCUAAUGAUUCUUAUAAUGAAAUGAUUAAUAAUUUGUAAUU